CGACCCUAAUUAUCAUCAACUGUCACUCACAUGGUGACAUAACCUCGAAUUGCAAUAGUUCGAAAAAGACUUAAAAAUGAGUAAUUUGUGCAAAAAUUUUACGAAAAUUAUUACUCAAGUGGCAACUAAUCGAUUGUAUUCGUCUUCGUACAAAAGUGCCAUUUCUUUGGAUAGUUUAUACCCCACUAGUAGUUUAAAAUUGGCAACACCUAAAAAACCCCCAAAUGAAGGUCAGGACAAGUUCACAGGUUACAUUCCAAUAGAGGAACUGGAUAUUACCUACAGCCGAAGUUCAGGACCCGGUGGACAAAAUGUGAACAAAGUUAAUACUAAAGUUGAAGUUCGUUUCAAUAUAAGCUCAGCGAGUUGGAUUAAUGAUGAUCUUAAAAGUAAACUACUAGAAAAGUAUAAAAACAAAAUAACCAAGGAAGGUUUUAUAAUCUUUCGGUCUGAUGUAACGCGGUCACAGCAUUUAAAUUUAGCUGAUUGUUUAGAAAAGAUCAGAUCAUCAGUCAGAAGUUGUGUAGUAGUGGAACAAGAACCAUCUGAUGAAACGGCAGAAAAAUUGAGGCGACGGUUUGAACGAGCAACAAGAGAACGAUUAGCGCUUAAACGAACACGAUCCCAGGUAAAGAGCAACAGACAAACACCGCUAGUUAAUUUAUAAAUAAUAACAAAAUAGCCUUUUGCGAAUUUUAUUGAACCAAGUUAUUAUUAUAAUAAUUAAAGAGCAAAAACAAGAUAUCUCAUUAA